AUGUUCUACGAAGACGUGCUCCCUCCUACCCCAAAAUACGAGUUCAAGGGAAUGCAGGAUUGUCUUCAGAUUUUAGAUCAGGAAGUAGAGAAAUAUGAAGGGAACAUGUAUUCAUCUAACCCUUAUAUUAUUUUUAUUGUGGAUGAGCGUACCUUCUUCGAUUGUUUUGAGAACCCCAAACAAAGAGAAAAGCUACUCGCAACAUCAUUCAAAGCCUACGAACCUUCUACCAACCACUUGCUUCUCGAGAUGGAGUCCCGUCCCCAUGCAGCAGCGGGCCGAGCGUUUGAAAGGAUAUUCGAGCGGUGGGUAGGAGUCGUCUCCCGUGAGAUUAGGGCCGAUGGCACCCCGACGAAUUACAGAGGGACUGGGGGUAAGAACAAAAAGCCUGAUUCAGCAUUCACUCCGACCCGCUCAAUCCUGAACAGACACUGGCCGACAGUCGUCCUCGAAGUCAGAUGUACCGAAACUCGGAGGGACCUUGAAAACGAUGUUAAAUUCUGGUUAACCCAAGCUGCGCAGAAUGUCAACGUUGUUAUUUCUGUCGAAAUAUUCGAGCGUGCUGGAAGGGUCUCCAUGAAACAGUGGAAGAUGGGAGAGCCCACUGAACCUCCGUUCCCUUGCCAACAGAUGGAGUUCGUGCGAAAGCCUGCUCCAAAAGAGGAGCAGGUCACCGGAAGCCUCCGGGUACUAUUCGAAGAUGUAUAUCUUCGACCAAAGAAAGACGGAGAGACUGACUGGGUCGUCACCGCCUCGGACCUCGAUUAUAUCGCCGAAAUGUUCCUCGCUUUCCAUUUUUUCUUUCGGGAUAUAUCAAUCCUGCUUACAUCUCAUCAACAAAAUCGUCAUUGCCUGUCCAGAAUGUCAGGCCCAAACCUUCACAACGCUCUUCUCCGCCCUCCGAUCAUCCAAAUCCUCCGUGCUCAAGGCUUUCACUCAACACGCCCCUCAGUCUUGGAGUCGAUCCAGGACUUGACUGGACGAUAUCUGAUUAUUCUCGCCUCCGCUGCAGCCGACCACGCCGCAAAUGCACACCCAUACGACCCAGUUCCCGACCUCGAAGACAUCUACCAAGCUCUGCAAGACGCAGGAGCCAUACGACCACAAUUACGCGAAUGGGAAGAGGAAUGGCAGGGAGAAGAAGAUAUGCGUGGUCUGGAUGCCUUCCUCGGUUGGAUCACUGGCCCUGUUCAUCGUGAAAUCCGACGUGUUGCCGGCUUUGUGCCCAGCGAGGGUGACAUGGUGGACCCCGACGCCGUUGAAAAGGAGGAUUACCUCACUGCAUUGAAGAAGAAACACAGUAAGACUGGUGAGGAGUCUCGCUACGCUGGAACUGUCCUAGGAAAGAGUGCCGAGGAACACCCUGUCGUCAUUGAGGGUGGUGCCCCCAGCAUCCAAGACUGGGGUGCGCAGGUUCGCGCCCGGGCUUCAGAGGCAAUGGAGAGUGACAGUUCAGGCGUGAGUAGUGCACCAAGCCAUCUCUCUGAUGACGAAGCGAUGGGUGCGUGA